AUGGAGUAUUUGAAGGGACAGAGGGAUCCGUUGCAAGCCGCCCUGGUAAAUGCUGGCCGUGUUGAGCACAUGCAGUCAAUUUUUGAUGACAAAGCCGAAGGACUCGAGUCUCGGCAGGAAGAGCUUCUGACGGGUGGCUUGUCCAAAUUUGAUGUUAAAUGGAGCUAUGCAGCUGACCAGAUCUACGAAUCUGGCUACACGUCUAUCAGUGAUAGUCAUCGUAUAUCUGGUGGGGGUCGUCAGCAACUAUGGCAUGAAUCAUGGGAUGAAACUUCCUCAGUCAACGGUGAAUGCCGUAGCACCUGCUUUUAG